AUUUAUAGCAAGUAUCCGACAAGAAAUAAAUCUAUCGACCCUACCUACCUACAACUUUCUUAGUUCCUCUCCUAACAUGUCUCAGGAUCCAAACCACAUAGGACUUCUACCCCCUCCCCCACUGCUCCCCAACCAGCCGCUCCCUCUACCUGUGUCUCAGUACCAGGCCCCACCACCAUCUCAUUAUCCUCCUCCUCUUCCUCCUCCUCCUCUUCAGCCAGUCUACAGGAUGCAGUAUCCUACCUCUACUAUGCAUGCGCAAGGUUAUUUGAAUCCUUAUCAGCAGAGUGUACCAGGUAUCUCAACACAGAGCCACUACAACAUAACCCCAGCAGCUGCUCAAGUCAACCCUGUCAACCAGGCACAGGCGAUAUACGCUGCUGCAUCUCAGAUGAUGAUAGGUAAUAUGAUGAUGGACCACUUGUCUAGCAACAACAACAACAACAACAAUAACAAGAGAAGAAAGAAGCGCAGUGGUUCACCAAAGCGCCGCAUGCGAUCCCGAUCUGAGAGCCCUCAGCGCAACAAGAGAGCUAGGGAUGGCAAGAGACGUAGAAAUAGGUCCCCUACUUACAAGCGAAGUUACAAUCGUGGCUCGGACUCUCCUCAAAAAGUUCAGAGACGUGAGGAAAGGAAAAGCGAAGAAAUGAAAAAAGAAGAUAUGAAGAUUGAGGAGAAUGACGAGAACUUGUACCAGCCUCCUACUCCUGAGGAAAACGUCGUAGCGGUGGAAGCUGAAAGUGAGAAUUAUGUUCCAGACGGAAACAAGACCCCUGACUACAAAGCUGAUGAUGGGACACCAAAAACACCUGAAUACGACGCCGUCACCGGAUCAGCAGUCACUCCCCCUAGAUCCGCCUCUCAUCAAAUAACUAUGACGUCAUCAUCACAAGACAACAAGACGUCAUCAAAUAACAAUAAUCAAUCAGACUUUAUCACUUCGCCCCCUUCGAGGAAGACAGUAGCAUCAGUGAAGGCCACAUUGUCACUCAGCCCUAAGAUGAUCUCUCUAAAGAAGAUAGGAGAUACUCCAGACUUGUCAAGUCCUGUUCCAGAUGUUGGAAUAAAGUCUUUAGCAGACAUCCUGCGUGAACAAGCUCUGAAGUCAAUGAAACGGAAACCGACACCAGAAAGAGAAAUUGAAAGGGAAAGUGAGAGUGGGAGGAACACACGUGAUGUCACACCAGAUCUGGAUAACUUCAGAACCCGCGCUGAGUCGCCCACUCUUGAUCGUUCAACUACUGAGACAGCAAAGUUGGUUCGACCAUUUGAUGACAUCGACAGAAACAUGUUCAAACCUGAGAACAGUCUCAACUCAGAUGAAGACGAUUUUUACUCGGACGAUGAGUUUGAUCCAAAGAAAUAUGAAAAGAAUUCAGAAGACGAAUUAUUAGAUAGUCCAGAAAGAAAACACGACUUUACUGGAAUUACUAUGAACUUUAAAGUUACUCCAAAAGUGACUAAAGAUGAGAAACGUAAAGCAAAGAUUGAAAAGAAGCGAGCUAAAGAGCUGAAGAAGAAAAAGAAAGAGGAGAAAAAACUGAAGAAACUCAUCAAAAAACAAGGCCAAGCAGAUAAUUUGGAGACUGAGACUUCUCCCAACAACUCAGAUAGAGCGGCUCCAGCCUGGCAACGAAGGUUAAUCAGCUCUCACCUUACUGGAGCUGACAGCCCCGCAACUAAUUCGCCCGAUUCUUCCCCUCCGAGUACUCCUGAUAAUGAUGACUCUGAGUUUCUUAAAACGCCUGAGAAGUGCGAUCAGAUAUUCUUUGAGACCUCCCCAUCUACUGAAGAACCGAGACCCAAAAGAAAAUCCAAGAGAAAAGUAGUAGUCCUAAACAAAGAUCCCACAAACAACACUCCCCAACAACCUGAAGUACCAGAACCUAAACCUGAAGUUAAAACAACUUCGCCCUCUGCUAGGAAACCGUUAGCAGCAGUGUUUAGUGCUACUAUCAGAAGUCUUGUGCCGCCUAAAGCAGAACAGAGCAACACUGUAUCAACUACUGCAAACAGACAGGUUAAAGGAUUUAACCCGUUUGCUCCAUCAUCCUCCCAACCUAUUAGACCCACCCCUGCUCCAGCCGUUCCCACCAUCACACCUCUAGUUAGACCAACUAGACCAGAUACCGUACCUCUAGUUAGACCAACUAGAUCGGAUACACGUAAAGUUACAGCUGAGGUUAAACAGACAAGGAGGCUAGGAGGUGUUAAAACUAUAAAGAUCAGGAAAACGGUUCCAACAACAGUUCCUACAACGGUUCCAACAACAGUUCCUACAACAGUUCCUACAACAGUUCCUGAACAGAGGUUUACACCAGCAGUUACUAGUGUGAAACCUGUUGUUAAACCCCCUGUUGAACUGUCGCCUCCCCCUAUUGAUGACGAUCUUGACGAUUUGGACAAGGAACUAGAUCUCCUAAAUGCAGCCCUGGACAUUGAACCAGCUUCCUUCAAAUCCAAGUCUAAACCAGAAACUAAAGAUGAUGAUGACGAUCUGUUCGCAGAUAUUGAAGAGUUCCUGAACGAAGAAAGAAGAAAUCUUUGAGAAGAUUUAUUUUUUUAGUGGUUAAAUUAUUAGCUUUUAAAUUUGCGCGGUCGUUGGUUAUUGGAGGAACUGUGGAAGAACUAUUAUUGUUAGCUGAAAGUGUUUUAUAGGUCCAGUAAAAUAAUUUGUAUGUUGGUAAAUUAUUUACAUCAGUUAGUGGUUUGAGAGGUCAAGUUGAAUCUCGUAUAACCUGCUUAGAUUUGGACUGGGGGUAUGACUGGCAUAGAAUUGUGUUUAAAAUGUGACACGCCACAAACUAUGAAUAAUUCGACACCUAAUUCAAAUGUAGAAACAUGUUGAGAUGAUGAUAACAGAAAUAUUAUAUAAAGAUCCGCUUCAUUAAUGCUACAAAGUACAAAUGCAUGUAGUGAAACUUUCAAAUAACUUACAGCUGUUUGAAGUGGGUCCAAAUUAUUUUUGAUGGGUUGAAGUUACGGUGUUUAACAUAUGCUAUUACCUUAUUUAUCUUCCAAAAAUAACGAAAAAUGUUGAAGGUCUACUGUGUACUGAAUUUUCAAUUUUUGUCAAAUCGUUCAUGUUCUUGGGCUUGAUUUCCUGGUUAUUUGUGCAACUGGACCUUCAUUGAUCUGUUUCCCCCCUUUUUAUUAAUUUUCCGUUUUUCUGCUUGGUAAAUUGGAUGAUUGUUAGCGAUGGUUUUCCUCAGGCAAUCCCGAUAGUAAUUGUGGAAACUAUUUUAAUGUUAUCUGGUAAAAUCAGUUACAUUUUAUCUACACAUGAUGUUUUGUCUGGUUAAUUACAGUGAAAAAUGUGGGUAAUCUUAUUAAUUUCGCUUAUUAUUUCAAUCAAUUCUCAAA